CAACGCGAUCGUGUAGGUCUUCAAUGCUGAGGCCUGAAAUUGAAAGUGCGCCGUGUGCGUAUAUGUACCGUUGAGAGCUGGACAGACAAUUGGAUACCCUUGAGCGCCACAUUUAAGCGCUGGGCGCCUAAGUCCAUGGCAUGUAAGUGCGACGAAACGGGUAAGCGAAGUGGCCUAUCACGCGAGCGGAUCACCAGCUACAACGGGUAACUCUUUGUUAGGGGUCUUGGGACGAGGCGUCUGUCUUCUAUGGUCACUAGUUUCACAGAUAGCGCGCAAGACGAUUUUUCCAACGAAAUCACGUCAGAACGUACAUGCCGCCUAUGCCUAGCUACAAAUGCUCGUCUUUUCCGAGGCCUCGUUCCUCUCCGCACGUCACUUCACCUCCAUCAGUACCUCAACGAUGGUAAAGCAGCAAACGAUGUCAUUCUUGGCCCUUCCGCCAGAGCUGCGUGUACGAGUCUACGAAAACGUUAUCCUCUCUGCGCCUUCGUUUCCGCCAACUUCAAUGUCAUUCCGGCAGUACCAAGGCUUCAUUCUUUCAAACAAGCAAAUCUACACCGAGUUCGAAGCGGAAUGGUUGAAGGGCUUUCAAGACACCGUCCAGGCGAUCAAACACGCGUUCCGGUUUCAGCCGGAUGCCGAGAUCCCCACACCAACACGACUGGGCGAAUCGAAAAAGAUUCUAGGAUGGAUAGCGAUGAUGUGAUGGAGGGGGGCGAUGGCGUGAUAGUGGGCUCGUCGUCUGUCUGUUUGCUGCCGAUCGGUGCUUCGCGCUUUCAUUGGAUCAUCUAAACUUCGGAGAGUCAAGCGGCAAUUGCAGAAUUACUUGCAUAGCUUCCGCUACCGUUCUUCGCAGUUGUUUCUUGGGAGCAUCUACAGUAACCCCCAUUCCGUAUUUUUGCUCCAUUUGUACGCCUACAAACCAACAAACUUCUCUCUUUCGCCUUCACCUUAGCCUUACGAAGAAGAUGAACGAUGGAGAAGACAAGUUAGUUCAGUGCGCCUACAGAUCAGGCGGGCUAUCAAUAAGUGGGGCUUUCA